CAGCCAAUCACGGCAGCCUUUUUAUCACAGCCGAAGGGAUCGGCACUGAUGAUCAGUGUCCUGAUGAUCAGUGCCACCCACCUGUGCCCAUCAGUGCCACCCACCUGUGCCGCCUAUCAGUACAGCAUCAUCAGUGCCAGCUCAUCAGUACUGCCUAUCAAUGCUGCCUAUCAGUGCCCAUCAGUGCUGCCUAUUAGUGCUGCCUAUCCAUGCCACCUCAUCAGUGCCCAUUAGUACUGCCCAUCAUUGCUGCCUAUCAGUGCCCAUCAGUGCAGCCUCAUCA